AUGGCAGCUGUGGCGUUGCGCCGACGGCUUGUUGACUUUGUCGCUUUUUUCCAACAAAGGCAUGGUAUGCCUCCGCAUGGCUACAUUGCUGCACAUGGGUCUGAACAAUAUCGCAAACGUGAGCUAGAAGUGACCGAGGAGAUUUUAACUGAACAUCGAAAAGGAUGUGUGAUCGUUGGACUCGGUUGGCUGGCAAGCAGACAACAGCAAGUAUUAUUGGAGGAGUUCGCUUCUUGUCACCCAGUCCUGUACAUCCGUCGAGAUCGAAGCGAUUUGCAGCAGCUUAUCGCUACUAGCCAGGACAAGUUCGAGCGCAUGUGGGAGGCUGGAAAUGCAUUCUUUGAAUCCUGUUCCAACCUGGAAUUUUACAACGUCACAGAAGGCUCGACCGACGAGUCUCACUCGGCACUACCUGCGUAUCUCAAGUUGAAAGAGACAGAGAGAACGUUCGUAAGGUUUCUCCAUCGGAUCUGGGGUCGUGAACACCGAACUCGUUAUUCAGCGGAUCCCUUCUCUGCGUCGUACACAUAUGCUUUGCAGCUGCCAAUGGCUUGCUUAGAGGGACAGCUCAAAACUUAUGAUGAGAUCGACAAUGGGGCGGAUGCAAUAAAUCUGAAGGUUGAGCUUUCAGAUCUCCAGGGCAGAAGGCCAUCUGAGGCAGUCGCAAGAGCUGUAGCCAUGCUUAGGAGGCAUUCACGGGCCCUGGUGAUCGUAGACAUCAUUCCAUCCUCUGUACCAGAUAUAAAGAGCUAUCGCAAACUCUUGGGGAUGGUCUUACGCACUAUACCGGAUGUUAUCACUUGCUCCUUAGCUUGUGGGGAUGACCUGGCGCAAGAGGUAGUUGCUGGCAAGGGUUAUACCAAGGCCAUAGCCACCUAUCACCAGGAAUGUUCUUUAGCGAAGAGUGAAACACUCCCCGAGCUUCUCGCCCUCCGUCAUAAAGCGCAAGGUAUUGGUUUCGACGCAUUCCAGAUAACCGGCGAAUCAACAGCACCCGGAGAUAAUUUUCCCGGUAUACCUUUCUCACACAGUCUCGCCAGAGACUCUCUCAUACCCACCAUCGCAUACGACACGGGGUUCUUUGGGCGCACCUCUGUUUGCUUAAAUCCAACCUUGUCGCCGGUGGUGCUUGAAACUAUGAGAUCAACAGGUGUUACCUUGCGGGAAGCGCAGAUGGCCGUGUCAGCAUGCUUCCUACGUCGCAAGAAGAAAUUCGGCAUUUUUGGGCAACAACUGUCGCACACUCUGUCACCGGCGAUGCACAACGCCGCCUACGCUGCGUGUGGACUACCAUAUACAUAUGGCACAGCAGAACGAGAAAGGCUAUCUGAUAUUCGCCAAUUCUUGGACGACGAGAGCUAUGGAGGUGUGGCGGUAACGCUUCCUUACAAAACUGAAGUUCUUCCGUACCUGGACGAGAUCAGCCCAGACGCCCUGGAUAUCAACGCCGUGAAUACAGUGGUCCUUCAUCGUGAGUACCAGCCGAAUGGAGUACGCAAAGUCAUUCGCAAAGGCUAUAACACGGACUACCUUGGAAUCCAAGAUUGCAUCUAUAAGCACCUUUCCCCAGCAAAUGCCAUCCGUGAUGGAUCAACUGCCCUGAUCAUCGGUGCGGGCGGCAUGGCCCAUGCCGCGAUAUACGCGAGCUACCAGCUUGGUGUGAGGCACAUAUGUGUCUAUAACCGGACCCUUUCUAAUGCUCAACGUCUUGUUGACUACUACCGUGACUGGGUGGAAUCAAAGAAUAAGGCCCCUUUACAUCUGACCAUACUGUCAUCACCGGAUGACCCGUGGCCAGCUCACCUUCGCCAACCCACAAUCAUUGUGUCAUGUAUUCCUGGGCAGAGGUGCGAUAUUGAAUCAUCAAGUGCUUUGCGCAUUGCCGACCAAUGGUUACAAAGCAAAACCGGCGGAGUCUUUGUUGAGGUUGCCUAUGACCCCCUGGAAACGCGCCUAAUAAAGUCGAUGAGGGAGCAUGUAUCACGAGGCUGGAUCAUUGUGGACGGCCUGUCGGUCUUAGUCGAGCAGGGCAUUGCACAGUACGAGCUCUUUACAAAUCGACCAGCGCCAGUCCAUGUCAUGAGACGUGCCAUUCAGCAGUCGAUUAGAGAUAGGGGUGUUUGA